UCCGGGUAUAAGUAACGCACGGGAUUGGGGCUUCCAACGUCUGUGGGACAUGUGCGAGUUUAGCCCAAAAACACUUCCUCCCCUACAAGAACCACCACCCGCCAGAGGAAGGUAAUAGGAGACGAGCAGAGGCCCGGGGAAGUGUGGCCUGCCAUGGAUAAAGUCGGUAAAGAUGUUAAGACCAACCCGGCAGCCACGGCUAAUAUUUUCUCCAAGAUAUUUUUCUGUUGGCUCAACCCCUUGUUCAGCAUUGGAUACAAGCGAAACCUGGGGGAAGAUGACAUGUACGAAGUGCUCCCCGAAGACAGAUCCCAAAUUCUGGGUCAAGAGCUGCAGAGACAUUGGGACCAGAAUGUUCAGAAGGCCACCAAAGAAAUGCAGUCUCCCAGUCUAUCCCGAGCCAUCAUCUGCUGCUAUUGGAAGUCCUAUGCAGUGCUGGGCUUCUUCACUCUGGUGGAGGAGGUGAUCAAAGUGGUGCAGCCAGUUUUCCUGGGCAAGAUAAUCCAAUACUUUGAGAGUUAUGACCCAGAGAACACUGCAGCCUUCCACUCAGCUCUGUGCUUCGCCGCAGGGCUGUCUGUCUGCUCCAUCGGCCUGGCUCUCAUACAUCAUCUUUACUUCUACUAUGUCCAGAGGACAGGCAUGAAAAUCAGAGUAGCAAUGUGUCACAUGAUCUACAAAAAGGCCCUGUGUCUGAGCAGUGCAGCCAUGGGAAAGACCACCACAGGUCAAAUUGUCAACCUCCUGUCCAAUGACGUCAACAGAUUUGAUGAAGUGACCAUUUUCCUGCACUUCCUGUGGGUUGGGCCACUGCAGGCGGCUGCUGUGGUAGGGCUGCUGUGGGCAGAGAUCGGCCCCUCGUGUCUGAUUGGUAUGGUGGUCCUUAUGUUCCUCAUGCCCACACAAACCAUGUUCGGGAGACUCUUCUCCAAGUUUAGGAGUAAAACUGCAAUUUUGACGGACAGCAGAAUCCGUACGAUGAAUGAGGUUGUGUCAGGGAUGAGAAUCAUAAAGAUGUACGCCUGGGAGAAACCCUUCGCUGCUUUAGUCUCUGAUCUAAGAAGAAAGGAGAUCGCUAUGACUUUGAAGAGCUCGUACUUGCGUGGACUCAACAUGGCAUCCUUCUUCUGUGCCAGUAAAAUCAUCUUGUUCUUCACAUUCACCGUGUACGUGCUGCUGGGAAACACGCUGACAGCCUCUCGUGUGUUUGUCACUGUGUCUCUGUACUCUUCUGUACGCCUCACCGUCACGCUUUUCUUCCCCAACGCCAUCGAGAAACUGUUUGAGAGCCGAGUUAGCGUGCGCAGGAUACAGGAGUUCUUACAACUCGAUGAGAUCCGCCAAGUGAAUGCUGUUUUGCACGAAGAGGAUGAGAAAAGUGCGUCUGUGGAUAUUCAAGACCUGACGUGCUACUGGGAUAAGUCUCUGGAUGCUCCAACUUUACAAAAUGUAUCUUUGAAUUUGAGUUCGAAUCAGCUGUUGGCUGUGAUUGGACCAGUGGGAGCAGGAAAAUCUUCCUUGCUGAGCUCUAUUUUGGGGGAACUGCCCAAUGAAAAGGGAAUGAUGAAGGUCACAGGUCAACUGACGUACGCCUCUCAGCAGCCCUGGGUCUUUCCUGGGACCAUUCGCAGUAACAUUCUGUUUGGGAAAGAUCUGAACCCUCAGAAGUAUGAGAGAGUCCUGCGAGCAUGUGCGCUCAAGAGGGACCUGGAGCUGCUGCCUGAUGGAGACCUGACUGUCAUCGGGGACAAAGGAGCAACUCUUAGUGGGGGUCAGAAGGCUCGCGUCAAUUUGGCCAGAGCCGUGUAUCAGGAAGCAGACAUCUACCUCUUGGAUGAUCCUUUAAGUGCUGUAGACGCUGAGGUCGGGAGGCACCUGUUUGAGCAGUGUAUUUGUGGGCUGCUGAAGAAGAAACUUCGUAUUCUGGUCACUCACCAGCUCCAGUAUCUGAAAGCUGCCGACCAGAUCGUUGUCCUUAAAGAGGGUCACAUGGUUGCCAAGGGGACUUAUACUGAGCUGCAGCACUCGGGGCUGGACUUCACGUCUCUACUGCAGGUGGAGGACGAGGAGGAGCCUCAGACACCUGCUCCAGAGACACCGUCCCGGAGCAGAACCCUGUCCCAGAACUCUGUGAUGUCCCAGGCCUCCGAUGUGCACUCGGUCAAAGAUGGAGACCAGCUACCGGUGGAGCCCGUUCAGACUGUGGUGGAGGAGAGCCGUGCCCAGGGGACCAUCAAAAUUAGCCUCUAUGUGAAAUAUCUCAAAGCUGGAGCCAGCUUUCUGGUCCUAGUGUUCAUGCUUUUCAUCAACCUGCUGGCACAGGUGUCCUACAUCAUGAAUGACUGGUGGCUGGCUUACUGGGCUAAAAAACAGGACGAAGUGACCAAUCAGAAUGUGACUGUGACGAACAGGACCCAAGAGCUGGACAGAGACUUCUACCUGGGGAUUUAUGGAGGUCUGACGGCUGCCACCAUCCUCCUGGGCUUCUUUAGAAACAUCCUCAUGUUUUACAUGUUUGUGAGCAGUGCUCAGAAUCUGCACAACCACAUGUUUAAGGCCAUCCUCAGGACUCCAGUGCGCUUUUUCGACAUCAACCCCAUUGGGAGGGUUCUGAACAGGUUUUCUAAAGACAUCGGCCUGCUGGAUACUAAUUUACCAUGGACCUUCAUAGACUUUCUCCAGUUGUUUCUCAUGAUUCUUGGGGUUGUUGCCGUGGCAGCCUCUGUCAUACCCCUGAUCCUCGUCCCAGUGGCAGUUCUGUUCGGGGUAUUCAUCUACGUCCGACGCUACUUCCUACGAACAUCCAGGAACAUCAAGCGCCUCGAAGCAACAACUCGCAGUCCUGUCUUCUCUCAUCUUUCCUCCUCUCUUCACGGGCUGUGGACAAUCCGAGCUUUUGGAGCCACAGAGAAGUUUCAGAAUAUUUUUGAUGCUCACCAGGACUUACACUCAGCUUCCUGGUUCCUGUUUCUCACCACAUCUCGCUGGUUUGCUGUCCGCCUUGACGGCCUCUGCGCCAUCUUUGUGACUGCCACCACUUUUGGAUGUCUGCUACUUGGAGACCGGCUGGAUGCCGGUUCAGUUGGUUUAGCCCUGAGCUACGCUGUCACUCUGAUGGGCAUGUUCCAGUGGGGUGUCAGGCAGAGCGCAGAAGUGGAAAACAUGAUGACCUCAGUGGAGAGAGUGGUGGAGUACACAGAGCUGACAAGUGAAGCACCAUGGGAAACUAAGAAGAAGCCUCCUCCCGAUUGGCCGAGCAAAGGCCUGGUGACCUUUGAUGGGGUUAGCUUUUCCUACAGCCCUGAAGGCCCCGUGGUGCUACACAAACUCAAAGCCAUGUUCAGACCUCGAGAGAAGGUUGGGAUCGUGGGCAGGACGGGGGCUGGGAAAAGCUCUCUGGUGUCUGCUCUGUUUCGUCUUUCGGAGCCAGAGGGAAAGAUUUACAUUGAUGGAGUCCUUACGUCAGAGCUCGGUCUCCACGACUUGCGCCAGAAGAUGUCCAUCAUUCCUCAGGACCCUGUACUGUUCACUGGCACCAUGAGGAAAAAUCUGGACCCCUUUAACCAACACACAGAUGAACAACUGUGGACUGCACUCGAGGAGGUGCAGUUGAAGAGUGUGGUGGAGGAUCUGCCCGGGCGUCUGGAGACUGUCCUGGCUGAGUCUGGCUCGAACUUCAGUGUGGGCCAGAGGCAGCUCGUGUGUUUGGCUAGAGCUGUUCUCAGGAAGAACCGCAUCCUGGUCAUCGACGAGGCCACAGCCAACGUGGACCCCAGGACGGAUGAGCUCAUCCAGCAGACCAUCAGAGAAAAGUUUAAAGAAUGCACUGUCCUCACCAUCGCACAUCGCCUCAACACCAUCAUAGACAGUGAUCGCAUCCUGGUUCUUGAAGCAGGACGAAUCAGUGCCUAUGAUGAGCCCUACACUCUGCUACAGGACCAUGAGGGCAUAUUCUACAAAAUGGUACAGCAGACGGGCAAACAGGAGGCGCUGGCUCUACUAGAAGCAGCUCAACAGGCCUACAACAAACGGAGUCGUCCAAGCAUUUCAAAUGGACAUGCGAUGACAGAAGACGGGAGCCUGGUCAUCUUUGAAACAGCACUAUAAAGAGACUGUGUGCAGAGACUGGUGCUACUGUCUACAGAGGCGAAGCUAGCCUGUGGGCCUGUUCAGUCUGCAAUACUACUGCUGCUGUUGUUUAGGACACUAUUUAUUUUUCUGUACAUAUAAAAUUGUAUUGCAUAUUAUCCAAACGCUACCUGCCAGUGCCUUUGAAUCAGUUUAUAAUGUAGACAGACUUAAGGUCUUUUAAGUGCUAAAAACUUCAAGUGCAAUUGUUCUUGUAUACACUAUUUUUGCAAUUACAGUAGGACUUGUUAAAUAAGCAGUGUUGUCUUAUUACAAAAGGAAAGCAGUACUUACAGAGAAAAGCAAAUGAAUGUCAUGCCACUCAGCCAACAGCCUGGGGGCGCUGUGGGUGUGCAGCCUGUUAAAGAGCAGUGUCUUAACUUAAAGUACUACCAGGUCAAAGUUCAAGUUACCUUAAGCUCACCUGUCUGGCUGAUUCCAUGAGAGCAGUGGUUUCAGCCUGACCCAGCUGCUGUACCAUCUUAAAGAAAGCUCCCUCUGUGUUCUGAAGAAGUGCAAAGGGGCUGUCUAAUUCCUGGAUCACUCCGUUGUCCAGCACCUUAAAGGGUUCAAGAGCCAUAUUUAGACACACAAUGUAAUCUCUAUGGCAUUAUGUUUAAAAUAAAAGUACUUUGAAUGUAA